AUGCCGCGGAAGCGGGGUAUGCCGACAUCAAAGACUCCUGGGCGUCAAGUCAAGAGCAAUCCAACAAGGGGUGGACAGCCACUCUCGAUAUCGACUGCUGCGGCUGUCGGGGUUAUUGCUAUCGCAGCACUGAUUCCUUGGAAGUUGGGUCUCUUCGAUGGAAUACAAAGCAAGACUGCUGUUACCGAUCUGAAAGGGCUACCAGACAAAGCCCAGAUAAUUGACCAAAGAAGAUUCAACGUCCUGGAACGCGUUGCGCCACCGAAUGAAGCCAAUGCUACAACAAGGUUUCUGUGGCCGGGUGUCACGCAUGAGUCCCUCCUCGAACGACCUUUCCAUGUCUAUGAUGCAGAAUUCCUGGAUAUCAUUGGGAAGAAUCCAAGCGUAACACUGCUUGCCACUUCGGAGAAAGACCCUCUCUUCCAUGAGGCCGUCGUAUGGUACCCGCCCACUGAAGAAGUGUUCUUUGUCCAGUCAGCUGGCUCUCCGGAUGCAGGAACCGGCCUAGAUAAAUCUUCUAUUAUCCAAAAGAUCUCUCUGGCUGACGCUGAAGGCAUGAAACAUGGGUCGCAUACACAAAGUGAGGUUGAAAUAACGAUCGUGGACUCAAAGCCACAAGUCAUAAACCCCAAUGGCGGAACCAACUACAAAGGCCAGAUUAUCUUUGCGGGCGAGGGUCAAGGAGAGAACAUACCUUCCGCCCUUUACUUGAUGAACCCCAAGAAGCCCUACAACGCAACAGUCCUCGUGAACAACUACUUCGGGAGGCAGUUUAACUCCAUUAACGACGUCUCCGUCAAUCCACGUAACGGCCAUAUCUAUUUCACUGACACGAUGUAUGGCUACUGGCAGCACUUCCGUCCUGAGCCGGGCCUGCGUAAUCAAGUCUAUCGUCUUGAUCCCGAGACUGGGGCUUUGACUAUCGUAGCAGACGGCUUCGCUGCUCCGAAUGGUAUAACGUUCUCUCCCGACGGGAUGCACGCAUAUAUCACAGACACGGGUCUGAGUAACUCUCUGUUUGGGACUAAUCCCACCUAUCCUGCAUCGAUCUACCGCUUUGAUGUUCAGAAGGACGGUUCCUGGGACAAUCGUAAGACGUUCGCAUACGUACACGCCCGCUUACCCGAUGGCAUCCACUGCGACUCAAAGGGUAAUGUUUAUGCAGGCUGUGGUGAUGGUGUCCAUGUCUGGAACCCAUCAGGGAAACUCAUCGGGAAGAUUUACACUGGUAUGAAUGCAGCGAACUUUCAGUUCGCAGGAAAGGGACGUAUGGUGAUCAUGGGCAGGACAAAAUUGUUCUAUGCAACUCUUGCUGCUUCUGGGGCUUCUUUGAGUUGA